GGAGAGCUCCUCCUCCUCGGCUGCAGCAGGAGCAGGGACACCGGGAGAGGAAGAGCAGCUGAUAACCCACUUCAGCCAGGUUUAUGGCCCCCUUGUGUCAUCAGAGUGGCACAAAGCUGCUGAGUGUACCAGUGCAUCUGACCUGAUGAGGCAUACAACAGAAUGGAGACUAAAGGAUAGCAUCCUAGUUGGACAAGUGAUGUUUGCAGGACCUCUGUUUAUGUUUCCUUCAUGAGAUAGAUGCUUUGCCUAGAGAGAAGUCUUCACCUUGCACUGGACAAAAUGAAACUGUGAUGAAGAAAUGGUAAAUGAUACAGCAGGGAAGAAAAAUGUAGUCACUGAAAGACAUGGAACCAUCAUGACAAUUGGGAUUAACAGGCCAGAAGCCAGGAAUGCUGUGAAUCAGGAGACUGCAGCAAUGCUUCUUCAGGCAUUCACCUCAUUUGAAGAUGAUACCUCACUAACUGUUGCUGUACUUCACGGAAUAGGAGGUAAUUUCUGUGCUGGUUAUGAUUUGAAAGAGCUGGCCCACGACCCAACCGCAAUAAAAUUGGAACAAGAUGUCACCAAAGGUCCUGGUCCCAUGGGUCCUUCCCGGAUAAAGUUUUCCAAACCAGUGAUUGCUGCAGUAAGUGGAUAUGCAGUGGCCGGGGGUCUUGAGCUCUCUCUUUUGGCUGACCUGCGUGUUGUGGAGCAGAGUGCCAUUUUUGGAGUGUUCUGCAGACGCUUUGGUGUUCCACUGAUUGAUGGAGGCACUGUACGGCUACCUCGACUGAUUGGUCUCUCACGAGCCUUAGAUCUCAUUCUAACUGGUCGUCCUGUUGGUGCACAAGAAGCCUAUGAGUUUGGGCUAGCCAAUCGAAUAGUCCCCAAUGGCCAAGCCCUUCAGUGUGCCAUUGAGCUUGCUAAACAAAUCUCUGCCUUUCCUCAACAAUGCAUGCGAGGAGACCGAAGUUCUGCUUAUUACAGUGUCUUUGAUGCCGCCUCAUUCACAGAAGCCCUGCAAUUUGAGUUUGACACUGGUGUGCAAGUGAUUUUGAAAGAGUCUCUCCCUGGUGCUAAAAAGUUCAGCUUAGGGGUGGGACGUGGAGGAAAGUUAUAAAAGUCAAAUAUUUUCUGCAUGUAGAAAAGGUUUACUAAUAAUUAAAAUAGUAGAAAUCUACUGAAUUUACAAAAAUAAUGGAAGUCCUGAAAAAAAUUAUAUAUAAAUUCAAAAUUUAUAAUUUACUCUAGGGUACAUGAUCUUGAUGUAUGGGAAGUUGCAUACAUAAUUGUGUUAGCAAGGGUUAUGUACAUAAAUCCUUGUGAAUGGAGAUAAGAUACCCUGUGUUUAAUAUAUUUUAUAUCUAAAAAUCAUUGUCAUAAUGAAAAAUUUCAAUUUUUAUUGUACUUUUGUUCUGAAAUCCUGAAAUAAAGCUAAUUCUUUUACAUUUUUUUUAUUGA